AUGUUCACAAAAGAAUACUUAAAACCAUGGACUGGAAAUCAAAGGUCAAAUCCAUCUGUAAUUAUAGAUAGCGGAGUUCAACGUCAUGACCCUUCCACGGAUACGUUAUACGUUAAUGCUAGUAAACAAACGAAGCUUGAUCCUGAUAAAGCAGUCAAAGAUUUAGAAUUAAGAAUAGUAAAAACUCGAGAGCGAGCAGCUGGAAAUGGUAAUGCGACAUCUGGCGGUCAUCGUCAUCGUCAUCGAAAUUCUGAAAAUGAACCACUUCGUAAUGAUAGCAAAUUGAAACCAAUCGUAAAAAUGAAAAAAGAAUCCGGAAACGGUGCACGUCACGUUCAUUGCAAUGAUUGGCGUGAAAUGUUAGCUUUGGUUAAUGCGUCAAACAAAAUAUCUGCUAAUAAUUACGCAGCGCAAACAGAUAAGGAUGCAUCACCGAAGUGUUUUACGUCAGGACCACCAGAUGUAUGUGCAACACCAACUUCAUUAACUAGCACAAUACAUUUGAGAACAAGGGCUACUAGUUCAACUUCAUUGUUGCAAAAUAAUUGGGUGGAACAAACAUUCAAAAAACGUGAAUGCAUUCAGUUUAUACCAAGUAAUCGAUAUCCUGAAAAAUGUUGUUGUGGAAGAUUGAAACGGAUUCAUAUCUCAAGUCGACAGUGCUCAACAUCUUGGGAUAUUCCAUCAGCUGAAAGAGUUCAAAAUGUAGGACGAAGUGAUGAAGAAGCCGAACCAGAGAUGACUGGUGGUGAAAGUGAGGUUGGACAAUCAAAACAACCUACUACUAAGACUACUGAAAAGUGGUCGAUAAGGAAGCAUACAGCUCUAUUUCCAACCGAUGCUUAUGGUACAAUUGAAUUUCAAGGUGCACCUCAUCCAUAUAAGGCUCAGUAUUUGAGGUUAACAGUUGAGUCAAAUCCUGCUGAUAUUAUGGAUUUAUUCGAAUCAGUUUGGAAUGUUCCUGCUCCAAAAUUAAUUAUAACAGUUCAUGGAGGCAUGACUGAUUUUGACUUACAACCAAAAUUAGCACGAGUAUUUCGUAAAGGUUUAUUAAAAGCAGCGAAGACUACAGGUGCAUGGAUUAUUACUGCAGGCAUCAACGCUGGUGUAGUUCGUCAAGUUGCAGCUGCAAUUGAUGGUUCAGGUAGCGUUUCACGGGUUCGUUCCAAAAUAGUCACCAUUGGUAUUGCUCCAUGGGGUUUAUUAAAGAAGAGAGACAAUCUUUUGGGACAAGAUGCAGUCGUCCCAUAUCAUCCACAUUCCUUCUCUCCUAAAGGUCGAUUUGCUGUAUUGAAUAAUAGGCAUUCAUAUUUUCUGCUUGUUGAUAAUGGUACUAUAGGACGUUAUGGAGCUGAUGUAAUACUGAGGAAAAGACUAGAAUCAUAUAUUUCUGAAAAACGAACACUUGGUAAUGGAACACGAAGUGUUCCGGUUGUUUGUGUUGUCUUAGAAGGUGGAACUUGUACAAUUAAAGCAGUUUACGAUUGCGUAUGCACGUCACCACGAGUUCCAGUCGUUGUCUGUGAUGGAAGUGGUCGAGCAGCUGAUUUGUUAGCGUUUGCGCAUCAAUAUGUACAGGAAGAUGGACAGUUACCUGAACGUGUCAAACCUCAGUUAUUCAGUUUAGUGCAAUUUGUAUUUGGUUAUGAUGAUGAUGCAGCAGAAAAGCUUCUAGAACAAUUGAUGAUGUGUGUUCGUCAAAGGCAUUUGAUAACAGUUUUCCGUUUGGGUGAAGAUCAAAAACAAGAUGUUGACCAUGCAAUAUUGACGGCUUUAUUGAAAGAGCAGAAUUUAUCAGCACCAGAUCAGCUUGCAUUAGCAUUAGCUUGGAAUCGUGUUGAUAUAGCACGAUCAGAUAUAUUUGUGUUAGGACAGGAUUGGCCAAAAACAGCCCUCCAUAAUGCGAUGAUGGAAGCUUUAAUAAAUGAUCGAGUUGAUUUUGUUCGUUUAUUGCUUGAAAAUGGCGUGAGUAUGGGUAACUUUUUAACCAUUGGUCGACUAGAAGAGUUAUAUAAUACGGAUAAAGGACCGCCUAAUACACUUUUCUACGUAGUACGUGAUGUGGUUAAAAUUCGUGACGGAUAUCGUUAUCGGCUACCUCACAUUGGUCUUGCAAUUGAAAAACUUAUGGGUUAUGCUUAUAAAUCAUCGUAUACAACAGAACCAUUCCGUUCUAAAUAUCUUCUUUAUAGGAAUAAAUUAAAGAAACUUCGGAAACAAAAUCAAGAUAGUAUGCGAGAUUCCUUCAUAUCUGAUGGAUUUGUUACACCAUUGGCAAAUCCGGAUAAUCUUGUUACGGAUUCUGUUUUGGCUGCAUAUUCUGGAAAUCGUGCACUAAGUCAUCAUAUAUUAUGGCGCUCAAGGCGAGAUAAUCCAGCAAGUAAUUUUGGAAUAAUGGCACCACCGAAACCGGUUGCCGUGCAAGAAACAGUUAUUGAUAUCGAAAAUGAAUCUUUAUGUUCGGAUACGGAAAAAGAUGUGGAUGAUUUCAAAUAUCCAUUUAAUGAACUUCUUGUUUGGGCUGUUUUAACCAAACGACAAGAAAUGGCAUUAUGUAUGUGGCAACAUGGUGAAGAAGCUAUGGCAAAGGCAUUGGUAGCAUGUCGAUUGUACAAGAGCUUAGCAAAAGAAGCUGCAGAAGAUUAUUUAGAAGUUGAAAUUUGUGAAGAAUUAAAGAAUCAUGCAGAGGAUUUUCGUAAACUUUCGUUAUCACUACUGGAACAUUGCUACAACCACGAUGAUGCACGAACACUUCAGUUACUUACUUAUGAAUUAAUCAGUUGGGGGAAUGAAACUUGUCUUUCGCUUGCUGUAAUGGUCAAUAAUAAACAAUUUUUAGCUCAUCCAUGCUGUCAAAUUCUAUUAGCUGAUUUGUGGCAUGGUGGUCUAAGAAUGCGUAGUCAUUCCAAUCUGAAAGUAUUAUUUGGUCUCUUUUGUCCAUUAACGAUAUUCUUGUUGGAAUUCAAAUCACGCGAAGAAUUAUUGCUGCAACCGCAAACUGCAGCAGAGCAUGAAAAUGAUCUCAAUGAUAGCUCCAGUUCUAGUUCCAGUUCUGGAACUGAUUCAUCAUCAGAUUCGGAUUUCAGUUCGGAUGAUGAAUUUCAGGAUAAUGAACAAGAUGGAGAAAGGCGAAGAAAUUCAGCAGAAAGUACACAGUCAAUGAAUUUAGCUGGGCUAUUCCAGGGUAGACGAAAACGUACUCGACCUCAUCUUAAAGAUGGUAGUUCGAUGUCAAAUGGUGGAAAUAUAACGUCACCACAUGAAAUUAUCGAAAUUUCAAAUGUCAACAGCAUAUUAGCUGUAACUAAUGGUGCAGGAACUGUAUUCAAUUCUCCUAGAAAUCAUGCUCGAAGCAGAUCAAUAACAUCAAUCCAAAGUCGAAUCAGUCAGCAGCAACAAGCUGGAAUUACACCACGUAAAACUCCGCCAAAGCAAAUUUCCACAAGUAAAAAAGAACGUAUAACUCAUCGAGAAACUUGCUCAUCAUUAACAAAUUGUGUUUGUGGAAUAAUGAAAGGUAAAAAUUUGCAACGUAAAUUUGAUUCAUCCGAUCAUGGCAACAAGUCUGCACCUCCAUCACUUUCUAAAAUGGUUACAAUAGCUGGGCAAACUGUUCCUCAUAUGAGGCCGAUCAAAUUUCGCCGAAAGAUGUACGAAUUUUAUGUCGCUCCAAUUACAACAUUUUGGGCAUGGGCGAUUACUUUUUGUGUAUUCUUAUGUUGCUUUGCUUAUACAUUACUGGUUAGAACAUUAAUUAGGCCAACAUGGCUGGAAUGGCUUGUUUUUGCAUAUGUUACUGUAUUUGGUUUAGAGCAUUUGCGUAAGUUUAUUAUGUCCGAACCAGAAUCAUUUGCUCAAAAGGCUAAAUAUUUUUUCAAUAAUACAUGGAAUUUAUUAGCAACUUUAGCCGUUGCAACAUAUUUGAUUGGAUUUGGAUUACGCCUGGAUGUAAAACAUAAAUCAGUAAGAGCAAUUGGAAGGGUAGUGUUAGCGUGUAAUUCGAUGCUUUGGUCUAUUAAAUUGUUAGAUUUUAUAAGUGUUCAUCCUCGUAUGGGACCUUAUAUUACUAUGGCUGGAAAAAUGAUUCAAAAUAUGCUAUAUAUCAUUGUACUAUUAUUUGUUUCAAUGUUAGCAUUCGGUUUGGCUCGACAGUCAAUUACUUAUCCCAAUGAAAGUUGGCAUUGGCUUCUUUUACGAAAUAUCUUUUAUAAGCCAUAUUUUAUGCUUUAUGGAGAAGUAUAUGCUGGAGAAAUUGAUACAUGUGGAGAUGGAGCUUGGGAUACACAUAUUGAGAAAGGUAUUGCAAUCAGUGAUUUAUAUAAUGGAACACGUUUUGAUGAGACAUGUCCGCAUGGUUAUUGGGUACCACCAUUAUUGAUGACAGGUUUUUUGCUCAUUGCUAAUAUUUUACUGAUGAGCAUGCUUCUGGCAAUUUUCAAUAACAUUUUUGAAAAAACGGAUCGUGUUUCAAAAGAGAUUUGGCUUUUUCAACGUUAUCGACAGGUAAUGGAGUAUGAAAGUACACCAUUCCUUCCUCCUCCACUUACACCUCUCUAUUAUUUAUGGAUGAUUUUUAAAUGUAUUAAGACUAAGAGAAAUUGCACAGCAAAUUCAAAACUUACGACAAAAACGAAUUCGAAACUUUUUGAUUUUGCAUUAAAGUUAUUUUUGAAUGCUGAUCAAGUGGAGAAAAUACAUGAUUUUGAAGAAGAAUGUAUGGGAGAUUUAGCUCGUGAAAAAGACUAUGAAAGGAGUACAUCAACCGAAGAAAGGAUUCAUCGAACUGCAGAUAGAGCUGAUCUUAUACUUGUUCGAUUGAAUGAUCUUGCAAGUAAGGAAUCAAUUCUGAAAACAACAGUACGUAAUUUAGAUCGUCGUUUGGAAAUUAUAGAAAGUAGACAGCAUGAAAUGCUUGAUUAUAUGCGUCAAAUAGUUAACGCACAACCAUAUCUGAUUCAAAAGGUAUCAGAACCAGAUAGUGGUAGUUUCUCGUUAUCAUCAACACAACCAAGCUCAUCAACAGAUGAACAUAAUCAGGCAAAUUUAUCACAUACUACCGAUUUAGCAGAUCUUUCAAAUACUGAUUACUUAUCAAAAAAAGAAAGACUGAAAACUGAAUCUUUGGGAAAUUGUUAUCAAAGUACAACCGAAGAAGCAGCUCGCCCAGCUGCUCCAAGAAAGCGUGCUCGUACGACAACAGUAACAAGUUGUGUGGAAAUUCAGGCUAGUUCACAAACUAGUGUAGAAAGUGUUGCUUCUGGUCGUUUUGGAAGUUUAUUAUCGCUGAAUCCAGCUAUAUUGAGUCGUGGAAAUGAUAAUUCUGUUAUUAGAAAGAAUGCAUGUGUAACAGAUGGUGUAAGGCGUGCAAGACGACAUGAAGAAUAUACAUCAAUAACUGAUGCAAUUAAUUUAGAUGAAUCUCAACUUAAUAAGAGUCAUUUUUGUGAUAAUGAUCUUUCUGAAACACGUGAUGGUCAUCAUGUGGAAAAUGAUGAUUUAGUUGAUGAUGAUAAUAUGGAACCACCGUACAGUGGUACAGUUACACCAACAACAACCUUACGAAGAGCAAAAGAAAGUUUUUUACGUCAACAAAAUGAUAUUUUUAAAGAAUAUGAGGAGCAAGUUAUGGUUACUGGUGCUGGAGAAUCAGCUCCGAUCAAUGAAAGUGAUAUUGGAGAUGAAGUGCCAAGUGGUCAUAGUGAUAUGGGAGAGGAACCGAGAAUUAUUCUGGGUGAUGAAGAGCUGCCAGAUUCUAGCAAAGAAUAUAUUGAAUUUUGCAUUAAACAACAUUCAGAAGAUGAAUCAAUGUCUUCCUGUGCUGCUACUGCUACUACUACUGCUGCUACAUUAUCAGAUCAAUUAAAUUCAAAUAUAGAAGAGCAGUCGAUUCAUACAAUUAUUGAAUCGAAAUCUGUUACUUUACCUUCUUCUAAUAAUGAGAUAGAAAGUACUCGAAUUGAUGAAUUUCAUCGAUAA